CUUCAUGUUUUCAGGUUAUUUGAAGUUCUGGGUUAAUCAAAAUAAUGCUGGGAUCUUUUCUUCCAAGGGUUCUUCUGAUGGUGUUUGGUUACGCUUAUCAGGCUUAUGAGUGCUAUAAGACUCUGAAGCAUAGGCCCGAGAUUGGGCGACUUCUGUUUUGGUGCCGAUACUGGAUAGUAGUUGCUAUGCUCACUGUGUUGGAGAGAUUUGGGGAUGCUUUAUUUUCAUGGGUACCAAUAUACAAUGAAGCCAAAUUGGCAUUGUUUAUAUAUCUCUGGUAUUGGAGAGAGGAACGCACGGACCAUCUUUAUAAUCACUUCCGAGAAUUUGUGGUACCACGUGAGGCAAAAAUGGAUAGAAUCAGAGAUAAGGCUAGGAAUUUAGCAAACCAGUCUUGUCAAGAGGCUCUGACUUGUGGCCGAAAGGGUGUUUAUGCGAUUUUGAAUUAUGUUUCUUCUCAUCAAUCGGCGCCACAGCCUCAUUCUGAUUAGAAGCAAGAGAAGGGCACUGGAAAAGUUGCUGCUGGUCAUUCUGAAGGUGAAGCAAGGGACCAAAGACCAACUGAAUCAGUAUCGUUGUCUGAAAAUGGAAUCCCAAUUCUUCCCAGCAGAAAACACUGGUUAAAGAAGCUCAUCAGAUGAUGCGUCGCAUACUGCACCAAAUUAUAUUAAUGUGGUUUACCAAUUUUCAGCAUUUACAAAAUACAAUUUUAUGUCUUGUUGUUAGUCUUAAUUACUUCCUCUGUACCUCAUGAAAACUAAUCAAGACGUACCAUACCCAUUCUACGUA